CUUGCCGAUAUCCGAAUCUCAUAACGGCCUGUAAGAACUCUGCUGCGCUCGCUCUCACACAUGUGCACAUAUUCUGUCGAAAGAGAGAAGACGCUGCUUGCGACAAAUGGAUCACCAUGGCGGAGCGGAAGCGGAACUGAACGAUGUUAACGUCGAGGCGCGGGACGCCGAUUCCUUUUCCGACGACUCUGGCUACGAAGAAGGAACCCUCUCGACAGCCUCUGUGGCGUCGAGCAUAUUUGACUAUGAAGAAGAAAACGGCCGAACAUAUCAUGCUUUUCAACGCGAUAAAAAAUAUGCGUUGCCCAACGAUGAGUCAGAACAGGAGCGAAUGGACAUCACGUACCAUAGCAUCCGCCUCACCCUCGAAGAAAAGCAUUGGCAUUGCCCGAUUGAGCGUCCUGGUAUGAUCCUCGACGUGGGGACAGGGACAGGAAUUUGGGCCAUCGAUGUCGCAGACGACCAUCCAAGCGCCCAAGUCAUCGGGAUCGAUCUUUCUCCCAUCCAACCCACCGCCGUUCCGCCCAAUCUCGAAUUCCAAGUCAUGGAUGCUGACGAAACAUGGACAUUCAGCCAAAGGUUCGAUUUCAUUCAUACACGUCUCAUGAACGGUUUCUCCCUCAAAUCGUGGGACUUCUUUUUUGAGCAAGCGUGGAAGACUCUCGAGCCUGGCGGGUGGGUCGAGAACCAAGAAUUUGAUCUCCAAUUCGCUUCGGAUGAUGGGACUAUGCCGGCAGAUGGAGCGGUGCAGCGCUGGAUCGAUUUGUGGCAGGAGGGUAUCUCGAAUUUUGGUUUGACCGGCCGUUGUUAUCCUGAUGUGAUUAAACAGAAGAUGGAGGCCGCGGGGUUUAUUAACUGUACUGUGAAGGCUUUUAAGAUCCCUGUUGGGCCGUGGCCAAAGGAUAAGAGGCUACGGCAAGCUGGUUUGUUGUUUCUUGUUGGUCUAUUAGAAGGCUUGAGCGGGCUGAGUGUAAGGACAUUUACGCUCGGUUUGGGGUGGAGCGUGGAGCAGAUGGAGGUAUUACUGAUGGAAGUGCGAAGGGAGUGGAAGAAGAAGGCAAUUCACAGUUACUGCCCUCUGUACAUUGUGUAUGGCCAGAAACCAUAUGACGCUGCAACAUGAGAGAAAGCAUUAAAGGAUAUCGACAGCAUCUAGAGCAAGGACUAUUUAGCGAGCAUUGUAUAGGAGUACAGACAACAGAAAUGGUCGCCGGCGACACGAUUGAACAGAUGACGGGAACAGAAUGCGGAUCGAUAGAACAGAGUGUGAAGAGAUGGACCAAGCAAUUACCAGAGAGCACUGAUAGCGA